UCUUCUCUGUUUUUGCUUAUUUCUAGUUCUACUUCUUUUAGUACUAUUCCUGGGUGUGCCCAGAUCAGAAAAUCAUCUUACCAAUCUGGAAGAGUGUUUCCAAGAGCCUGAAUAUGAAAACUGGCUGGCUAUUGCCAGACAUGGUCUAAGAAGGACCUUGAAACCUAAGACAAUUGUGAUUGUCGGAGCAGGAAUUAGUGGACUGACUGCCGCCAAAUUACUCAGAGAAGCUGGACAUCAGGUUGUGAUUUUGGAAGCCAGUAACCGUGUGGGAGGACGCAUAAGGACUCACCGAGAAGAAGACUGGUAUGUGGAUUUGGGCCCGAUGCGAUUGCCCAAAACCCACAGGUAAGGUUGAUUGAAAGGUAUUUCUCCAUUC